CCACCAAAACACUUUAGAAACGCAGCAGGAGAAUUGUUAACGAAAAGCCAAUACAAAACCUAUAACAACAACAACAAGAAACUUGUAAUGACCCAAGACUUGUUCACAUGUAUGUCUGUGUAUAUUACUAAGCAUACACAAAUCAAAAUUUAAAAUGCACCGAAGACCCUAUAUAAGGAACAAUUUCAUACUAGACGUUGGACAUAACGGUUGUUUUGGCAAGAUUACAUUUUUGCUAGUGGAAGUUAACAAACUGAUUUGGAAUAACAGUUAUUUUAUAAUAAAAUAUUAAACUUAUAAAAAUAAAUACAACGUUUUAAUAAGAAAUAUUUAAAAUAAAAAAUUGAAAAUCUUAUUUUUCUAUAAAGUGAAAAAUGUUGACAUUAAAACCCUGUUUAUUAUUGUGUCUGUUAAGUGCUCAUUUGUGUUAUGCCACUGAAGCUGAGGCGAAUCACAAAUUAAGCGGCAUCAUACAGUGGAAAUAUGAAAAGCGUCCAUUUUGCAAUGCUUUUACAGGUUGUGGCAAAAAACGUACUUCCUCCCAUCCUCCUUAUCCGGUUAUAAAACGUGGCGAUAUUGAAGAUAAAUCCCUUUACAACAGUAACGACUAUAUAUCCGAAGGACUAUCCGAUUUAAUUGACAUAAAUGCCGAACCAGCAGUGGAAAAUGUACAAAAACAAAUUAUGUCUCAGGCCAAGAUCUAUGAGGCCAUUAAGGAGGCUAGUAAGGAAAUUUUCCGACAAAAGAAUAAACAACGAUUAUACAACUUACAACAGAAUCAACUAAAGGAGGAACAAGAUAAAUUGGACGAUAAUGAUAAUGUUUAAUGGGGAUGUUUUUAUAAUGAUGUGAUUUCUAUAUGGAAAAUUAUAAAGAACAAAAAUUUAAAUGGAAAUGAAUUGACGAAAUGAAAUUAAAUAUAAAUAAAUGUAAUAUAAUAAAAUAAAUAAAUUAUGAAUUAAAAGCAAUUAUAAAAAU